AUGUCAGCUGAGCAGACUGCCCGCGAGCGACUGGGCGGCUUCAUCGAUGAUUUGGAGAUCGUAUGGAACAUCCAAUUUGCCGACCUCUCCUUUGGUGAACAGAUCGCCGUUGGUGCCUACGGUAGUAUCCACAGGGGCAAGUACCUGGGUCUGCAGGUGGCCAUCAAGACCGUGUUCCCCGUGGCCAACGACGAAGACGCCGAAAUGAACUUCCUCUACCUCCAGAGGGAGAUCAACAUUCUCAAGGGAGUGCGACACCCGGGCAUCGUGCAGUUCAUUGGCAUCUCGCACGAUCACACCAACGAUCUUAUUCACAUCGUCACCGAGUAUGUGAAAGCCGGUGAUCUGCGUCAGCGUCUCAAGAACCGCAGCAUUCGGUUGACGUGGCGGGACAAGGCGCAGCUGGCCUUUGAGCUCGCCUGCGCCAUGGCCUACCUCCACUCCAAGAACAUCAUUCACCGCGAUCUCAAGGCCAAGAACUGCCUGGUAAGCGACCGGGGAGAGGUCAAGCUUUGCGAUUUUGGUUUCGCGCGUAUCGCUGAACGAACCCCGCGGCCCAUGACUCUCUGCGGAACGGAGGAUUGGAUGGCGCCCGAGAUCAUCGUGGGCGAGCCGUACUCGUUCGCCGCGGACGUGUUCUCCUACGGCAUCGUGCUCAUCGAAAUCAUCACCCGCAAGAAGAUCACCGAAGAAAUACAGCGAAAACCCGAGGAAGCGUUCGGGCUGGACGUGCAGGGCUUCCUGUCGAUCAUCCCCACUGACACCCCACCCGAGUUCAAGGACGCCGUCAUCGAGUGCUGCAUGUACGAUCCGCUGGGCAGACCCACCUUCGAGUCCCUGGUGGAGCAUUGGGACGUCACCAUCCAGGCGUGGGACAAGGAGAGGGAGGAGAAGGAAGCCCUCCUCUCGCCCAAGUCGCCGCGCGAAUCUCUGGGCUCUUCGCCGUCGCGUGGAGCCUUGGAUCGCUUCAGGCAGCAGGCUAUCAACCUUCGCAAGGAAGUCCUGGAAAACGGUACGAUCAGGCAGAGGCAGGGCAUGCACAUCGAGGUGGAGAACCGGAAGCGGAACCCGACCAUCCUCAAGCCCGUCGCCACCAAGGAGAAGAAGUCCAUGCUUGUCCGCCCCUCCACCCAAAACAGGGCGACGACGGCGAAGAAGGUGAUGGGCCAGCAGUUGGUCGACGCCUUCGCCGAGAAUCUGCAGCGCAUCCGGCAGCAGCGCUCUUCCGUUAGGGGACGCGAAGACAACAGGCUGGUGCCCAAGGAGAAAACCGUGACGCCCGAGCCAACCAACAAAACCGGCUGGAAGAAGGCCGAGCUGCCGGUCCCGCCCAAGAAGUCCGCAAGCUGA